AUGACGACACCCGCGAGACCAUUCCCCAGGGACGGUAGAUUGAUUUCAUUGAUAUUAGCUUCAAAAGGAAUAGAAGAUACGGAUGAAAGAGUAAUUCAUCAAUUACUGGAUUUCGCACAUCGUUAUUCAGCGGAUAUACUUAGUUCAGCACAAUCUUUAUCUGAUCAUGCAUCGCGUUCAGGACCUUUUUCAAACAAAAUCGAAAAGGAAGAUGUUGAAUUAGCUAUUCAAUUGAGGAAAAGAUACGAGUUCUUUGAAGCUCCUCCUAGGGAUUACAUGGCAACUUUGGCACACGAAUUGAACUCACAGCCAUUACCAAUCUUACCUGAAUCGUUCGAUUUAGUUAGAUUACCACCUCCACAUCAAAGAUUGGGAGAAGUCAACUUCGAUAUAAUACCUGAAUCAGAUAUACUUCUCACGGACGGUGAAGAUCACGUCCAAGGUGAAGAGAGUGGAAGUGAUAGUGAUGAAGAAGACGAUAACCAAUUAGAUGUGAAUGGAAAAGCAAAUGGCAAUGACGACGAUGAAGAGGAUAAUGAAGAUGGUCAAGGUGAAGAUGAAGAUAUGGAAGAAGUAGGUGUCCAAAUUGAUCAACAACCUACAAUGGAUAGAGAAGUAGAUGAAGAUUAUGAUGUAUAG